AAGCAGGCAGUUGUACAUACUGUACAAUACAAUCGCACCUACCUUAGGUACAUCUCAAACUAGGUACUACAUAAUAGAUGCUAAAUGAGCAUUGGACGCCUGCAUGUGAGCAAUCCGGGAGUCAUCCAUCAAUCCGUCCAUCUGCAUCACUUCUCAACGACGCUGCUGCCGUCGACCCCCCCAACAGCUUCUACUAAUUUAAUUUUACCGUAUACUUCUUCAAACCCCAUCUUUCCCACAGUCCAAUAUUCAAAUUCCAUGUUUAGUACCUUGGUUUUUCCUUUAUUGGCGGGUUAAAUCAUCCCGGGUUCUUAGUUUAUCAUAAGCAUUCAAGAAAGUCGUAUUGUUUGCAUCACCGUGCUAUCGUCACCGCUGAUUAAUUUGCUUUUUUUCUCCUCAAAUCCCGCCUAACUCUACCCGACGUUCCUCGUCCCCAUCUUCAUCGUAAUCUGCGGGAGUCUACCCCCUCCUGCGCCUUGAUCGAAUAUGUUCUCAGAAUAUGCGUCUAGGUUCCUAGCCCAGUCGCAGUCCCGGUUAUCCAAUUUCGGUCAGCCGGACAACAACAACAACGAACUCUCGAACCGACAACCGCAGACGACACCAGGUCGAUUCUCAGGUAGACAUCCCGCACGGUCUUCGUACCAGACCCGACUAGGGAAUCCUUAUCAACCCUCGAAUUCGCGGUUCGGAGGCUUCUCGAGGUAUAAUACUACCUCGGAUGCCCCGCUCUUUCACAGUGCCUUAAACGAGUACCGAGAAGACGAGGAUGAGGACGAUGCGAGAGAAGCUGCGGAUCUUCGGGCCUUGCAGCGGUCGCGUCGGGUUUUUGUCUCAAGCCGCCUGGAGGAGAGCUCGGCUUCGGAGAACGAUGACCUUCGCGCCUCGUCCGAGCACGAUGAGAGCGAGUCGUACGGGAACCUAUACUCGAGCGCUCGUCCUAUAGGUGGUAUCAAGAGCAGUUGGAACGGGGAGUCGAGCUUCAAGGACAGACAUUCAAAGCGCGAAGUGGUCAAAGACCCAGACGGGCCGGGUAACCCCCAGCAUCAGCGGCAGAACUCCGAUACGGAUGAGAGUGGAAAGAUGGUCGAUAUCGGCCUGGAGUCAACGGUGUUAGAUAAUGAGGUACCUGACGAUCUCUUACAAGAGACUCCUACAGACUCGGCACCACCCGCAUUUCAGCAGUUCAAGUCUGGGUCGAGUGGUCCAAAGGGCGUAGCCGGACGGAGAGGCUCGAAUCUGGAGCAUGAUCAGCGUCUAAUGCGACAGGCUAUAGCGGAAGAGGACGAGACGGAGGAAGAAGAGCGAAACGAGAUUCCUGCACCUACGCCCACGCGAAUGUAUGGCGAGAUCUUUGUGCAUGACCAAUUCUUCGCAUGGAUCUACCUUAUAGCCAUCGCUUCCCUUUUCGCGACCUUCGUAUUAGUCUGGUUGCAUACAUCUGUGCCCGGCAGGAAGAUUGGUGACACCAUAUACACGACACUCCAUUCGUCUUUUUACCUCUUGGCUGUAGAUACGUUAGUCUCAAUCAUCGUUGCCCUAGUUUGGAUGGCAGCGUUACGGUCUUUUGUUCAGCCCUUAGCUCUGCUCAUCCUACUAGGCGUCCCGAUCGUCCUCUUCUCAUUUUCGUUGUAUCCGAUGAUUUCCAGCUUCCAGGGACCAGACCACGGAUCGCGAGUACAGGACGUGGUAAUGAGAUAUGCAGCCAUCAUUCCAGGGGCCUGCGCAAUCGUUUGGGUAUGGUUAUUAUAUAAGGGACGUCACGAAAUACAGAGGGCGGUUGACAUAUUGGACUUCUCUAGUCGCAUCCUUGCGGCCAAUCCGGCGUUGGUGCUUCUCGGACUCGGUUCGUUAAGCUUCGUUGUUGGGUGGACGUGGAUAUGGCUAUGGAUGUUCACAAGAAUCUUCCUCGGGGGCUACUUUUCUAAGUCGCUUUCGGCCUUUGUCAUCGGCACUGCGACGUGGUGGUUGGCGGUCUUUUUCUUCCUCAUGUACGUUUGGACUCUCUCCGUUAUGAGCGGAGUUGUUCGCGCUACUACCGGAGGUACCGUUUCGAACUGGUAUUUUUUCCGCAACAAUCAGUCGUCCGCCUCGUCGAAUGCGAUUGUCAAGGGUGCGCUAGGACACUCUAUGACUACGGUAUUUGGCACCAUUUGUGCCUCGACCGUACUAUCCUUGGCGGUCCGAAUUCCUAUUUUGAUCCUACCUCGUCGGAUCUCGAGCAUCUUCGAGUUCAUAGGAUGGCGACUGGCACCUCGCCCGGUGUCAGUCCUAACCAACCCUCUGGCAUUAACAUAUGCGUCGAUUCACUCAUUACCCCUAAUGGAAUCGGCGUCACAGCUUAGCAGGAUACAGUUCCUUGCCACAGGACCCACUACGACUCUUACACCGAGCGCAUUCUCCCGACGUGGGCAGUCAUCAGCAUCGUUAAUGCCCUACAGAAUGGCAAAGAUGCUUCUCCAUGCCGCACGGUUCGUCAUGUCAACAGCUCUGGGUUUUGCGGCAUGGGUUAUGACCGCACGGCAGUUGCAGGUUCAAAUACCAGAGGGUCACGGCAUCAGAGGGAGCGCGUACGCGUACGUGGUUGGUAUGGUAGCUAGCAUGAUCGGUUGGGGCGUGUUAGGGGCAAUGGAAGGUAUUCUUUCAGGCAUCCUCGACGGUGUUCUUAUAUGCUACGCUAGCGAAAGGCGGCUAGGUAGCGAGCGGGCGACUUACUGCAUCGAGGCGGCACGGUUAUUCGAGGAGAGGAGAUAUGAUGAAAGGGAUAUGGUUUAAUGGUAUUUUCUAACUACACACAUUGCACUUUUAGCUUCGGCGUUAGCGUUAGGCCGCCAACGAUGGCGGAUAGGAGUCACGAGAUUGGACAUGCUAGAAUUAAAGAUUACGGGGAGUAUUUCGCUACAUAGCUACUAUGUCGGCGGUGCGCUUCGUGUCGCUGCUUAUGACAUCGUUGGGUCGGUUCGUCGAGAAGCGGUGGGUUUCGCAUUCGUCUUGACUAGCCAAAACUGGUUCGCAAGAGGCCAGAGCACUGGGGACUCGUCCAACGAUAAAUAAGAAUGGUAGAAUAUUAGAACCGAGCUCUCUGGCUCUUGAGACUCUUGUUAGGUCGUAGGAAAUGUGAGCGUUUUAUUACACUUUA